AUGGGAGCUGGUGGAGUCAUCCUUCGCUUCUUUAAUCUCUUUCUGCGAGUACUGCAGUUCCUCGACGGUGCUGUGAUUCUUGGCAUCUUCUCCUAUUAUCUGGCUGUUCUCUCCAGAAACAACCAGCACAUCGCAACAUGGGUGAAGGCCGUUGAAGGUUUAGCAGGUGCAGCGACUCUCUAUGGUCUGUUGGGCAUGAUCCUCACCUGCUGCCUGGGUGGCGUUGCGUUCUUCGCCUUCCUGGGUGUCGCCCUGGACGUCUGCUUCGUGGGCGCGAUGGUUGCGAUUGCCAUCUUGACCCGCAAGGGUGUCAGCCAGUGCACGGGCACGGUAGACACCCCGCUCGGAACUGGAAAUGCCAACGACGACACCUUCUCCAAGGGUCUCACCUUCGGCAUGACCUGCAAACUGGAGAAGGUUGUCUUUGCAGUGGCCAUCAUUGGAAUUUUCCUCUUCCUGGUUUCCAUCCUCUUCCAGGUUCUGCUUGCCCGCCACCACAAGCGCGAGAAGCGCUUCGGUCCUUCGCCUACCAACAACUAUACCCACGGUAGCCGUGGUGCUUUCUGGCGCCGCAACAAGAACCACCCCGAAGCCACCGGCGCCGCUGAUACCCUUCCCGGUCACCCCACCCCGCAUGAUGUCGAGAUGGGUGCCGAGCCUCAAAACGAGAAGAAGUGGUACAGUUUCGGCCGGAACAAGAACACCGCUACCAACGGUGCCGCUGCCCCCGCUGCAAAUGGCGCUGGCUAUGGCUACGGCAACUCUGCUUACACUGGCAACAUCUAA